AUGCCGCUCAAAGACCUGCUGAGGAAGAAGGACAAGACGCGCGACGAGGGCGCGACCGGCGUCGAGAAAAAGACGCCCACGCUCUCUCCAGACGUGCCCGAGUUCCAGUUCUUUCGCACCACCACCUCGACGCAUGAAGCCAUCGAGCCGCCCUCGUUCCCUGGCGAUGCCACGCGCUCUGAAGCCCCGCUCCUGUCUCCCAAAGACACGCGCGGAUUCAGCAUGUUCAGACGGCACUCGAAUGCCAGCAACGCCUUGUCGCAAGGGAGUACGGGGCGGGCCAGCGUGGAUGGGGAGGGCAGGCAGAGGAGCGGCACGCUGAGCGAGAGAUUGCACUUUGGACGCACAAGAAGCAGCAACAGUGUCAAUGUGCCGGACGACCUGCCGGAUGUGGGAGGCGCGGUCGUUGCGCGCAACGAGGAGGAUGAGGCGCGGUGGGAGAAGAGAGCCACGGUGUUGGUUCAGGGAGGGCCGUUGGGCCAGGGCGUAGGCGGCAGUGCGCCGCCGACGCCCACGGUCGAAGUCAGCGAGGCCGUGGGGAGCAUGGGCUUUGCGCAAGCUGAUGGGAGGCCCGGGGUGCAGAGGCAGCCGAGCGCUGGGAUCGUUGCGCCGGCGGACGAGGAGAACAUUCAGGAGGCCAUACGGCUGCACGAGAAGGGCAAUCUGGAGGCGAGCACUGCGCUGUUUGGAAGGCUGGCAGAUCCAAGCGGCGCCAACAACGCGCUCGCUCAGGUGCUCUAUGGGCUUGCGUUGCGACAUGCUUGGGGCAUUGACGCCGACCAAGAGCAGGCGGUGCACUACCUCUCUCUCGCAGCGUCCAACAGCGCCGAGGUCGAGAAACUCGCGCUCGGUGCCGGCAUGAAGAAGGGCGGUGCUGCCAAGGGCGAGCUGGUGCUGGCCAUGUACGAGCUCGCCAACUGCUUUCGCAAUGGUUGGGGCAUCAAGAAGGACCCUUCGGCCGCAAAACAGUACUACGAGACGGCUGCCAACCUGGGAGAUACGGAUGCGAUGAACGAGGUUGCCUGGUGCUACACCGAGGGCUUUGGAACGAAGAAGGACAAGUUCAAAGCGGCUCAGUUCUUGCGCCUCGCCGAGUCCAAGGGGAACAAGACCUUGGGGAAUACUUGGUAUGUUUCAACAUCUCUUUGUUCAUCGUGCAGCGGGUCCACAAGUGCCUCCCGGACCGGGUGUUACCUGCCUGUCGCUGCUGUUCCAGGACCUCGCACGCACCACAAGUGUAGCAUGGCAUCCGCGACAACCGUCGCCGUCGAUAUCAACAAUCCCAAAUGUCCGGAUCGAGCAACACGUCCACCACCCACGCGCGCGGUCCAUAUCGCUGGUCACGACAUCCAGAACCCAUCCCGUUUCGCCGCUUACGCGCCAAGCCCACCUCAUUGGCUCUCGUCUCCCUAG